UGCUCAUUUGAACAAGAAGAACAGCUACGAGGGACGGUGGAAGAGCGGCCCAGCAUUAAUAUUACAACCAAAAGUCAAUAUUGAUGGAGUGGCAGCCAGAUGACCAGGGACUCCAGCAGGUCCUCCAGCUGCUUAAGGACUCACAGUCACCAGACACAGCAACACAGAGAGCCGUCCAACAAAAACUUGAACAACUGAACCAGUUUCCCGACUUCAACAAUUAUCUUAUAUUUGUCCUUACGAGACUCAAAACUGAAGACGAGCCGACUCGCUCUCUCAGUGGUCUGAUACUAAAGAACAAUGUUAAGGCCCAUUACCAGAGCUUCCCACCAACUGUUGCCGAUUUCAUUAAGCAGGAAUGUGUCAACAACAUUGGCGACCCCUCACCCCUCAUCCGUGCCACCAUUGGCAUCCUGAUCACAACUAUUUCCUCCAAGGGAGAGCUGCAGUCAUGGCCUGAGCUCCUGCCUCAGCUCUGCAACCUGCUCAACUCGGAGGACUAUAACACGUGCGAGGGCUCAUUUGGAGCACUGCAGAAGAUCUGCGAAGACUCGUCAAAGUUGCUGGACAGCGACGCUUUGGACAGACCGCUCAAUAUCAUGAUACCAAAAAUCCUUCAGUUCUUCAAACAUUGCAAUCCAAAAAUUAGGUCCCAUGCCAUAGCCUGUGUGAACCAGUUCAUCGAUUGCAGAGCACAGGCCCUAAUGGACAACAUUGACACAUUCAUAGAGAGCCUCUUUUCGCUGGCAGCUGACGAGGAUUCUGAGGUCAGAAAGAAUGUUUGCCGGGCUUUGGUCACGCUUCUGGAGGUCCGGAUCGAUCGGCUUAUCCCCCACAUGCACAGCAUCGUCCAGUACAUGCUGCAGCGCACGCAGGACACUGAUGAGAACGUAGCUCUGGAAGCCUGUGAGUUUUGGUUGACACUAGCAGAGCAGCCCAUCUGUGACGUGGUGCUAUCAGGACACCUGGUGCAACUGAUUCCUAUCUUGGUAAAUGGGAUGAAGUAUUCAGAGAUAGACAUUAUACUGUUGAAGGGAGAUGUGGAGGAAGAUGAGGCCGUACCAGACAGCGAUCAGGACAUCAAGCCACGUUUCCACAAGUCGCGCACUGUCACCUUGCAGCAUGAAGGCUUAGAGGGAGGGGAGAGCGACGACCUCGAAGACGACGAUGACACACUGUCGAACUGGAACCUGCGAAAGUGUUCAGCAGCAACACUGGACAUUCUUGCCAACGUGUUUCGAGAUGACCUGCUGCCCCACCUGCUGCCACUUCUGAAAGGCCUGCUCUUCCAUCCCGAUUGGGUUGUUAAGGAGUCUGGCAUCCUCGUAUUAGGCGCGAUUGCUGAGGGCUGCAUGCAGGGCAUGGUUCCCUACCUGCCAGAGCUCAUUCCUCACCUUAUCCAAUGUCUAAGUGACAAGAAGGCCCUGGUGCGCUCCAUUGCCUGCUGGACCCUUAGUCGUUACGCACAUUGGGUAGUCUCCCAGCCCUCCGACUCCUACCUCAAGCCCCUCAUGACAGAGCUUCUGAAGUGCAUCCUUGAUGCAAACAAGAGGGUUCAAGAAGCUGCCUGCAGCGCGUUUGCCACCUUAGAAGAGGAGGCAUGCACAGAGCUUGUACCAUAUUUGAGCUUCAUCUUGGAUACGCUGGUCUUUGCCUUUGGAAAGUACCAGCACAAGAAUCUCCUCAUCCUCUAUGAUGCCAUUGGAACUCUGGCAGACUCGGUGGGUCACCACCUUAAUCAGCCUGAGUACAUUCAAAAGCUGAUGCCCCCUCUUAUUGCAAAGUGGAAUGAGCUCAAAGAUGAGGACAAGGAUCUUUUUCCUCUCUUGGAGUGUUUGUCUUCAAUCGCCACUGCACUGCAGAGUGGGUUCCUGCCUUACUGUGAACCUGUCUACCAGCGCUGUGUCACACUGGUCCAGAAGACUUUAGCUCAGGCUAUGAUGUUUAACCAGCACCCAGACCAGUAUGAGUCUCCUGAAAAGGAUUUCAUGAUUGUGGCCCUGGAUCUGCUCAGUGGGCUGGCUGAGGGUUUGGGAAGUCAUGUGGAGCAGCUUGUGGCCCGGUCCAAUAUCAUGACGCUGCUUUUCCAGUGCAUGCAGGAUGCAAUGCCUGAAGUGAGGCAAAGCUCCUUUGCUCUAUUAGGAGAUUUAACAAAGGUCUGCUUCCUGCACGUUAAGCCCUGCAUUGCUGAGUUCAUGCCCAUUCUUGGACUCAAUCUCAACCCAGAGUUUAUUUCGGUGUGUAACAACGCUACCUGGGCCAUUGGGGAAAUUGCCAUGCAAAUGGGUGCAGAGAUGCAGCUUUAUGUUGGAGUGGUUUUGCCACACCUGGUGGAGAUCAUUAAUGGACCCAAGACCCCAAAGACCUUGUUGGAAAACACGGCCAUUACAAUAGGAAGACUGGGUUAUGUCUGUCCUCAGGAAGUGGCACCACAGCUUCAACAUUUCAUUAGGCCAUGGUGCACAUCACUGAGGAAUAUCAGGGAUAACGAAGAGAAAGAUUCAGCCUUCCGCGGAAUCUGCGUAAUGAUUGGCGUCAACCCAGCCGGCGUUGUGCAGGACUUCAUUUUCUUUUGUGAUGCCGUGGCCUCCUGGGUCAACCCAAAGGAUGAUCUGAGAGACAUGUUUUAUAAGAUCCUGCAUGGCUUCAAGGACCAGGUCGGUCAAGAGAACUGGCAGCAGUUUUCAGAGCAGUUCCCUCCAUUGUUGAAGGAGCGUCUGUCAGCAUGCUACGGCGUCUAACAAGUCCACACUGGAUGCUGUUCGGUUAACAUAGGGAAGGGUUUCCAGGGGACUCAUUGCACUGCCCAGCACAGCAGGGAGGAACGAUCUGGAGGGAUGUGACGGGACUCCACUUGGCAGAGGGUCCCCUCCCUCCCUUUCCCUGUGCCCUGUGUCUCUGUGUGGGAGGGUGGGAGGAGGGUGGUGAGGGAGGGUCAAUUUAGGGAUAUACAUAUACCUCUUGGAUUUCACGCCUCGCAAAAUCCAACAUGCUCAGAAGUGGCUUUCACCAAUAGCACCACAGGGAUUUUAGUUGGUUGGUUGGAAAAAGGAGGCUGGCUUUGACUUCUCCCCUCCUCAAUUUGAUUAUUUCACUAUAGUGUUGUGGGGAGGGGGUGUCCGAUAGGUACAUUUAAAAUGAAUUAUCUGAACCAGCAUAGGGUGCCAUAGUCCCAAAUCUCCCAAUGCACAUAGUCAGUGUAUUGACAUGCAUACAUCAGUGUGUUAAAACGGGCUUGUGACUUUACUAUUAUAAGUCACCUCUUGGCUUUGCAGAGGCUAAACGAAAGAUGCUUUUAUGUAAUAAUGCAGGAAAUUUGCUUAAAUAUUUGCACCUUUUUAUAGGAAAUAAUGCAUAAACCCUUUGGUGUGCAUCUAUUUGGGUCUAUUCCUCUCAUCAUCUGUACAUUUAUGCUGAGUUCUGAGCUGAUCGCCUCUAAAGUGAUGCAUGUUGAAUAUCUGAUUUAUAUAGUUGUAAUAGGGAGGCUGCCAUAAUUUGUAGCAAUCAAGCUGCUUGUUUUUUGUUUUUGUCCCCCUUCCACAUUUACCCGAAUAGUUGGCUUCCCUGUUGUUCAAAGGAGGUUGCGUGAAUACGAACUAUAGGUAGAUUAAUACUUAUUAGGAAGAGCUGAAAUACUGUAGGUAGGUUAAGGAUUCUUCUGCUGCUGCUUCGUUUCUCUAAGAACUUUCAAAACGGAUGUAAUAAGAAAUAAGCCGUCAAGAAUAACUAGGUUCUGAUAUAAAUGCACUUUUUCUUUUGUAAGAAUUAGAAUUUAAAAGUAUAAACUGAUCUUCAGGGGUUCUUUGUGAUAAGGGAUUCGAGGACUGUCUUGAAUGGUAAAAUAAUUUUAAGCAUUGAUAAAAUGAUAGGUAAUACUUGAGGCGUCUUAAUAUAGUAAUAAUAAUUUAGCUUGUCCUAAAAUGAAGAUUUUAGAGGGACUAUUUCAGUAUUUUGCAUGUCCCAGUGCAGCUCUGUAGCCAUGCGUUAAACUUUGUUUUGUUUCUUUUAAUCCAUUUGUGGAGGCAAAUGGCUUUCAUUACAAAGAUGUCAAAAACCUUGCAUGCUUUCCAAUGAGUGUUACUCCUUUUAGACCUUUUUAAUGCAUCCCUUUUUGGAGGGAGUCUCACUUAAAAGCUUUGUUGACAGUAGUAUAACGAUGUGGACUAAUGGGGUACUGUUCCAGCAUUUGCUCCAAAUAGUAAAUAUUACCAGCUGAUAUGUAAUUCCACAUGUUGAAACUGUGUACAUUAUGCCUGGAAAUACACUGAUCCCAAUAGUUCUACCUGGCACUGGAUAGCUGGAGAGAGUGAUUUUUAUCCAGCUUUGUCUUCUAGCCAUUGUCCAUAGUGGACGGUUAUAUUGGAAGUGUGUAUGGCUUUUAGCCUGAGGGUGUGUCGCUAUGAAGGUGUGUACGAGAGUACUGCUUACAUGUUGUUUUGCACCAACCCUACCCUAAGGUUAUGUGUCAGGCAUAGAAGGGAAGGGAAGUAUUUGUGUGGCCACUGCCAAUAUCAAAGUUUGCCUGCCAGUUAACAGACCAAGCUUCUGAUAAGAUAACUGUAUGGUGAAGAAAACAAUACUCCAUCACAUUUUGUCCCUGUUUUUUUGGUUAGCUUUAUGAAUUUAAUUUUUUUUAUUUUUUAAACUCAAUUAAGCAUUUUUGGUAUGAACUUUUGUAGCACAAUUGCAAUGGCUCAUUUAAAGCUGCUAAAACACUCAAGAUGCUGACAUCACUUAUUUGGUAGGCAGGAAAUGAGGCCGGUGGUGGUCUUUGCAUAUUGUGAUGUGUGAAGAUUUUUAUUUUACUUUUGUUUUUAUGCUCGUGAUAUUUUAAUUUAUUUUUUGUUUUUGUGCGGUCUGUGCACAAAUUUUUUUUGGACUUCAAAAGUUUUUUUUCCUUUUUAUUCUUUUCAUUUAAAGAAAUAUUCAUUUUAUAGUGGACCAUUUAAUUACAUCAAAUUUGAUGUUGUGGUUGACUGAAGGAGUCUGGGCUUGGCGCAUACCUUAGGGAAGACAACUGAUUCAUAACUUUAAAUAUAUCAAGACUGCCGAGUUUCACCUCCCUUUUUGUUUAACUGGUGCAGGUGGGAUAUUUGCAGAUGUACUCCUUUUAAAUUUUUUUCAAAGGGGGAAAAUAAAAGUUUUCUAUUA